UCAACACUUACAUAAACAACAGAGUGGAAGGGCAGAUAUCUGACAAGGAAGACCUUCGGGGUGUCCUGUAAAGAUGAGCCGGGUCGCUGGCUUUCUACGACGUACCUUCGGAAUAAUACGUGAACACGUCGGGACAGAUCAUCUGGGGAAUAAAUAUUACUUUGUCCCAGAACAGAAGUCAUGGACAGGAAGGCCCGUCCGUGCCAAGCGGAUGGUGGAGGUGGCCAACAUCACAGAAUGUGACUAUGUGGAGGGGAGCAUUCCGAUGGAGUGGGACGCUUGGAUCCGAGGCAGACGGAAGGAGCCCCCCUCCAUCGAGGAGCUGCUGAAGAACGAGGCCUACAGGGAGCAGAUCAAGAUCAAGGCCAUUGAGGUGGAGAAGAAAGACCGGGCUCUACAGGCCAAGGAGUACGAGGAAGGUCUGGUGGCGACGCCUUUAAAGACUGCGGCCAAGGGACACGCGUCCGCCUCCAGCUUCGGCAAGGUGGAGAUCAGCGAGGACCCGACGAGCACCGCGAACGAGUUUCAGCCUGGCUCCUGGAUGCCCACUUCCAAGAAGUAGACUGAGGAGUCGACGCAGACGGCUGCGCGGCGUAAUGCAAUCCCCAAGAAAGGCCCUGCAAUAAAAACUGCAUUUGUGAAACCGAUAUUCACUUUCGGUCGAGAUUUAAUUUUAGAAGCUCCUUUCGGUAUAAUGCAAUCCGAGUCAACAACCCAAUAAACUAUGACCUCAGAAAUUACCAGAGUUUAAUCAACUUGUCUCUCUCCUCACAGAGGACGUGUUUAUUUCUGUUUUAUUGGACAGCAUUACAUUGUAAAGGCGUUUCCACGUUCCUGGUCUGAGUAUAUAUUGUAUAUACAGAGGAUAGGAUCCAUCCUUCAUCCUGAUGCUGGCUUUAAAUGAUGAAAGGAGAGGUCUGCUAAUAAAGACGAACUGAAAUCGGUUCACGCUUAACUAGUGUACCAGGUACGAUAUUGUAAAAUUUAAAAACAAAGAUUAAAAAGGAUAUAGUUAUAUUA